CGGCAGAGAAAUACAACGCAAAGUGUAACAAAAUUUGCAGCGAAAAACAACACCACCUUUUGACUUUAUUGCAAAACACAUAUACGCCACCUAUGGUUUUUUGGUUUAAAAGUAGAUUCUUAUCGACAAUCGUCCCUGUUUCAUUCAUUCUCCGCUUUAAAAUCAAUUUACCGAAAAAAAAAACAACACAAAAGCCAACAAAAGGCAAACACAAGGAGUGCAGCGAUCGGAGAAGACAGCAGCUGACAUAAGGAUUAAGUGACUAUCAGAGGCUGGCGACAUUUAAAUGGCCAAUGGCAAUGGGAACAACAUUAACACGGAGGAUGCAGCGGCGACAGCGACGGCAACAACAAUACAACAACAGCAACAACACCUGACAGGCGACGGCGUUGGAGCCUGCGGCGAUGCCAAACAGCAAACGGCAGCAGCAGCAGCAACAACAACACGCGGCAGCAGCAUUAAUGAUUUGGUUGCAGAUUUGUUUUUAAAUGGCAGCAGUCGCGGCGAUUACACAAAUAUACGAGCUACAACAACAACAGCAGCGGCGACAACAACAGCAACAACAACAGCUGCAACAACAACUGCGACUAGCAACAACACCUCGUCGAGCUCCUCCUCCACGUUUUCCUUUAAGCAUUUUCUCAACAGCAGCGGCACAAUAACAGCGCCCACAAGCACAGUUACAUCUCUAGAUGCCACAUGUGGCACGAGUAGCGGUUGCAGUCAAAGUGGCAACGCAACAAAUGUCAAUGCCACGACAACAACAACAUCGCUGCAGACAUCAACGGGCGCCAGGCCAAAGGUGCCACAAUCCGCGUCCGUUAGCCACAUGCAACCGGAUUUGAAUGGCAGCAGCAGCGCCGCCUCCAAGAUGAAACGAUCGCCGCGCUUCAGCUCCUUUGACUCGCAGGCGAGUCUGGCCGAGUAUGCGGCAUGUGGCAGUGGCGGUGGCAGUGGCAAUGUCGGUGGCAGCACACGACCACGUCCAGAUCUGCGUCUGGAGGUGGAACGCACUGGCGUUGUGCUGGAUGAUGAUGACGAUGAUCAUGUGGGUCUCGCCCAGGUGCGCAACAGUCGCCUCUACGACGAGCGCGUCGAUGAUGAUAUCUUUCCCUCAGCUGCCUCGAAUCUGCAGGCGACUGCCAGCAACUCACGCUAUGUGCCGCGAUCCUAUUCCAGCUAUGAUAUGCCGCCACCACAUGCGGCAGGCGCUGCCUCCUCUUCGCCCCGUCGCCGACCUGCAUUGCGUCCCAAUCGUUUGGUUUUGGCCACAGCGCCCAAAAUGAAGCUCGAUCUGCCGCUGGACACGUCAAACGUGGCCGGUGCCGGUGCAGGUGCCGCUUUGGCUUUGCCAGACUUUGUGCAGGAUCAUUUGUCGGAGGCGUGGUGUCAGGAGGCGCAUCUCAGCUCGCCACCCAAUUCCCCACUAGGCGCUGCCGAGGCGCCCAGCUGUAGUGGUGCUGUGGGUGGCGGAGCGCUGCUUCUGCCCAUCGCUGGACUGCCCAGUGCUGCCCAAUCCUUGCCAGCGGCCAGCGAGGCAGGCGGUUCCACGGGUAAAAUGCUCCCCGAUUUUCUAUCCGACGGCCCGAUACUUCACUCGUCUCAGCGGAUGGCGGAUGUGGCCAUUGGACUGCCUUCGAAUUCCAUCGACUCACCGCCACAGGAAACAGAUGGAGCCACAAUGCAGCUGUCCACGUUGCGCCAGGAAAACGAACGCUUGCAACGCGAACUCCAGGAGACGCGCGUUGAGCUGAGCAGCCAAACACGUCGAGUCCACGACGUCGAGCAGCAGUUACAGACGUUGACGGAUGCAAGACGCAGGGAGACGCUGGCGGCAGCAACUCACACACAAACCACACAACGGUUGCGGCGUCAGGUGGCACAGCUGGAGGCUGAAUUGUUUACUUUGCGCGAUGUCAGUGAGCAGGUUGGAGCAGCUGCUCCAGUGAUGACUCCUGGUAGCAGCCACAGCAACAGCAGCAGCAGCAACACAUCGCGUCCGUCCAGAACGCAUCAAUUGUCAAGGGAUUUGCUGCGAGCUGCCGACAAUGCCGAGCAGAACCUAAGACAAUUGCUAGUGGGAGUAGAUAAUCUGCGUCAAAUGGCUGCAAAUCUGGAGCAUCCAUCAGCAGCGGCAACGACGCCUCGAAGUCCCAAUCCCGAUCCGUACACCGAUUUUAAUUAAUAGCCACAUUUGUUGUUGGAUGAGGAUAAUGGUUUUUAGAAUGCGCUUUUUUCUCCGAUUUUGUUUUGUAUAAUCAUUUAAAGCCGCCCAAUCAACGCCACCUAGAGCUUGUUUUUAGUAUCUGAAAUUCCCCAAUUUAUAUAUAUAUAAUAACUUUAUAUAUAAAAAUAGCUGUGAAGAAUUCAAACUGAAAGGAUACGACAAUUGAAGGAGCAUCAAAGCGCAGACUCGUGAUGUUGUUUUCAAUUAUCGGAAUAUAUAUAUAUAUAAAUUUUACUAUAACAAAGUGUAGCAUAUUUAAAAUUGUGUUGUAUAAAUAACAAACUGUUUGUAUAUUUAUCAAAAAUCAUUAACAACCUAUAAUAUGGAAAAUCAUCAAACAAACGACACAGUUGCAACAUUAACUAAAAAAGAGAAACAACAUUUAGAUCUGCUAACAAGGGAAUAAUUAAAUUAAUUAAUCAGCAAAACCUCCAGCAGACUGCGUAAAUAUAUUUUGUUAUAAACAAAAUAAAUGCAAGUAUAUUAAACUACAUAUAUAAAAGAACUUGUGCACUUGUGUUCGUAGUUUGUGCUUUAACCGCAAAAACAACCAGUUUAAUAAAAUAGUAAAAAAAUUGAAAA